AUGUCGGAGCUAGAAGAUUUUGAAGCUUUUCUAGGUGACGAGUUCGACCAGACUCGUUUUGCUGCCUCGCUUUUACAAGCGACGAACGUGGUGGACGAUACUGAACUUGACCUAUCCACACCGCUCAAAAAGCUCAAAUUUGAUGUCAAUGAGUGCAAUAAACGUAUGGAGUCACUUGCAUCCGCACAUCACAACCAGCUUUUACGUAACAUUGACAAAGUCGAGGUGAACAGGAAGCUCAUGAACGAUAUAAUUACUCCUCUGACUGCUAGAUUGAAAUCAGCGUACGAGAGGAUCAGCAAAGACGUCAUUUCGCCUUAUGACGAUGCAGUAAAGCUCAACAAAGCACUCCAAAAAAUACAUCAAACCUCGAAGUUAUUAAGAGGUACAAGUUUUUUUGUUGUGCUUCUCCAGCAGCUUCACGAAUGUGAAAAAUCGGUCCAACUGUCUGAGGAAAGUAAAGAAGUGGUUCGCUUAGCAAAGAAUUACACGCAGAUUGCAUCUUUCUUCAAAAAUCCAGAGGAUGUCGCCAAAGACUCGAGUACAGACUUAUUAUCUAUAAAGCUAAUUCGUGACUAUAGUCCUUUAUUUCAGGUGAAGUCAGCCGAAUUCAUAGCAGGCUUAGAGGAGAAGAUCUCAAAUGAUUUGGGCCACCACAGCUCCUUCAAUGCAAACAAUUCAUCCCUUCAAAACAACGUUUUGGCCCUAUAUGUCAUGGCUCCUCAGCAACUUUCCUCUUUAAUUGAUCGAAGUGCCAUGACUAAAUCUAUUCAAAUUGCGUUAGCUCAACUAACAAGGUCCUUGCAAUCACCACGAACAUUGGCAUCUGCAUUCGCUGAAAUCAAGCAAAGCGCAAGCAAUUUCAGUUCUACCCUCUCGGCUCUAUUUAUCAAUUGCGAUGCCCUUGAGGCUGUCGGAGACAUGGAACCUCUGUCACUUUUGAAUAAUUUCAUUCUGAGCUUGCCGGAUGCCCAUGGUUCUUCGAUAGAAGAUAUAUACUGGUCCAGAUUGGCCUACAAGUUCAAGAAAAGUGUUGCCGCAACAAUGGCGAGAGGUGGCCCGAUCGCCAGAAACUUGAAAUCACAGCAUACCGUCCUACUAAAUUCUGUUGAUUCCGCAUUGGAGGGAACUACAGCAGAAAUGAUAAAAGAUGCUUUAAGUUUGAUUGGAAGUCAAAAUUGA